AUGGGCUGCAAGUCAUCAGAUAAGGCAAAGCCAAAGCACAGAAAGGGAUUGUGGUCACCUGAAGAAGACCAAAGGCUUCGAAACUACAUCCUCAAGCAUGGCCAUGGCUGCUGGAGCUCUGUUCCGAUAAACGCCGGUUUGCAAAGGAAUGGAAAGAGCUGCAGAUUAAGGUGGAUUAAUUACUUGAGGCCGGGGUUAAAGCGAGGGACAUUUAGCAAACAAGAGGAGGAGACAAUCCUGACCCUUCAUCAUAUGUUAGGGAACAAGUGGUCUCAAAUUGCACAGCAUUUGCCAGGAAGAACAGAUAAUGAGAUAAAAAAUUACUGGCAUUCUUAUUUGAAGAAGAAAGUGGCCAAAGCUGAAGAAAUCAUGGAAGGCCAAAGCAAAUCUCAAUAUACAAGCACUACUUCAAGCUCAGACAACUUAGAGUGUUCACCAUCUCCCCACAAGCCCACAACCUCUAUUAAUCCAAGUUAUGAGUCAGUGGAAAAAUCACCAACAUUAAUUCCCCAGACUGGUGAUCAAACUCACAGAAGCCCUUUACCAAAGAUUUUGUUUGCUGAGUGGCUUUCCUUAGACCAUGUUCAUGGUGGAAGCUAUGCAAAUAAUAUCGGUGAGGCUGGGGUUUCCAGGGAAGGCUUUGAUCACAGUUCUAAUAAUCUUCAAGCAGAUCAUGCUCUAGGACAUGAUUUUUUAUUGAACAAUGAAGGAACAUUUGAGAAUGGUUCUAAUUAUGGGCUAAGCCAUCAUGGAGCGGCUACUGAGAUGAUCAAUUCAUCACAACUUAAGUUUGAGGAUCAGAUUUCAGGACCUGGGUUUGUUGAUUUUAUAUCAGGGGGUGAUAUGUGUAGUGAUUUCAACUUGCACAACGAUGUAAUGUAUUUUUAUAAAUAAGGGGAAAAAAUUAAGUUCCAAGGCAACAGUGAAAGAAUAACCUCUAACUAUGCUAAUGCUUCUUGGUAACAAUAUUAGCGGUUAUUCUUUCAUAUUUGCUUCAACAUAUGGAAUUACUUGAAAAACAAGUACAGACUUUGAAUUGAUCUCAUUCUUAAUACUCAUUG